AUGGGACCUAGCUCGCGUGGCUCCCCCUCUCGCUCACCUAUUGCCAACCAUACUAUACAACCAUAUCGAAUGCAUGUAUCCCAGCGUUAUAUUGAAUUGACAAAGAAGAAGUUGGAGCUAUGCCGGCUUCCCAGAGACGCUCAAGCUUCGACACAGCAAUACAUGGAUUUCGGAGUCACCAAAGCGGACCUCGAGCCAUUGAUCGAUCAUUGGACCGACGAGUAUAACUGGCGGACUCAGGAAACACUUUUCAAUGACAACCUUCCACAAUUCAGGACUAACAUCAAUGGCGCUCGCAUGCACUUUGUCCAUCGAAAAUCCAAAUCACCGAACGCAAUACCACUGCUUUUCGUCCAUGGAUUCCCAGAGAGCUUCAUCACGGUCUCGUCCCUGAUAGACGCACUUUGCGAUCCGGUUGCAUCUUCUCAGCAUGGGAUGGAUCAGAUGCAAGCAUUCCACGUCGUCGCACCGAGCAUCCCUGGUUUUGGAUUUAGCGAUGCCGUCCAUGAAGAAGGCAACGCGAUGCCUACGACCGCAGCCAUCUUCGACGGGUUGAUGAAGAUGCUUGGCUAUCAGCAAUACAUCGCACAUGGAUCUGGAUGGGGGUUCAGAAUCUGUCGCAUGUUAGCGCUAGGCUGUGCUGACAGCUGUGUCGCCAUACACACCGUCAAUCCGGACGUACCAGCCGCAAGGUCGAGCUAUGGCUACGGUGGCUCACAAGAUAUGAUGAGUCCGGCCGCCGCGGCAGGUAGUCCUGGCUCAGCAACGCACUCACCUCCUCUGUCGCCAGGAGUCCCACCUCAGCUUGGAGAACGACCACAGACAGCUUCGUAUGCUCUUUGCGACUCACCCUCAGGGCUUCUAGCUUUUGUGCUCGAUGCCAUUCGUCCUCCGACGCUCGGUAUGGCAUCGCGUAGUCCUUACGCCGCAAGCGAUCGCUCGGAAGGCAGCUCACCAGCAUUGACGCGACAAUCAUCAAGUCCAAAUUCGGCGGCUGCGAGCGCUCCUACCACUCCAGCACCAGCACGCUCACCAUUCGAGCCACAGGUGAUGGAGCUCGCCGGCUUGUCGACGGUCUGGACGCCAACGACAAUCAUAAACUGGGCAAUGGUAUACUGGCUGCCUGGGCCCGAAGUAGCAAUGCGAUGGCUCGUCAAUUCGGCAGCUUUGCUUCCCUCGCUAUGGCUAAGCUACAGUAAUGUGCCACUGGGCAUCACACACUUUCGAGACCCUAUCAUGCCUAGCACAGGAACAGGUCAAGCACCACCGCAAUGGUGCGAAGCAUAUCAUCGCGUGGCGAUGUUGACGAGGAGGGAAGGACGAGUACGACAUGCAGCGUGGGAACGACCAGCUGAAGUCGUGAUGGAUAUCAGGCAGCUCGCAGCUUUGGUCUUUGGUGGUGUCGUUGUGUGA